CCGCACUGUGUGCACCGCUGUACCGCCCGCUCGCUCGAGCCACGCACCGCCCCCGACGCGCCCACGCUUGCGCUCUUUGCCCGCCGCGCCGUCCCUCCCCCCACCCGCUCGCUCGUCACCUCGCUCGACCCACGCGCCCGCACGCACACGCACGCACCAUGGCGUACGAGUACGACACCAAGGGCGUCCUCCUCGAGUGGAUGAAGGACGGCGCCAACAAAACCUGCGUCGAGUGCGCGACGCCGCACCCACAGUGGUGCUCGCUCUCGCUCGGCGUCUCGCUGUGCCUCGCGUGCAGCGGCACGCACCGCAGCCUUGGGUCGCACCUGUCGUUCGUCAGGAGCCUCACCAUGGACAAGUGGACCGACAAGCAGAUCGAGCGCAUGAAAAAGGGCGGCAACAGCCGGUGCAAGGAGUUCUUUGAGGCCAAUGGGCAGCCGUUCAUGAGUCUGCCGAUGACGGAGAAGUACAACACGCACGUCGCGGCCAUGUACCGCGACAAGCUCGUGUGCGACGCCGAGGGCCGCCCCUGGAUCCCGUCCGACCCGCCCGCGCCCACCACGACCUCGUCGUCUUCGUCGUCGCCCUCGCCCUCUUACGGCGGCUCGUCCAACGGCGCCGGCGGCGGUGGCGGGCUCCGCAAGCCUCGCCUCGGCGCCCUCUCGUCGUCGUCCGCCUCGUCGCCGCGCUCCGGCUCGCCCUCGUCCUCGUCGCACGGCGGCGCCCCAGGCGGCGGCGGGGGCGACCAGGGCGCGCGGCCGACCAAGGCGCAGAACGAGGACUUUUUCUCGCGCAUGGGCGCGGCCAACGAGGGCAGGCCUGAGCACUUGCCGCCGAGUCAGGGGGGACGGUACGGCGGGUUUGGCGGCGGUGGAGGGCCGAGCGGUGGUGCGGGAGGAGCGGGGCGAGGGGGAGGGGGAGGGGGAGGGGGAGGGGCGGCCAACCCGCUCAGCAGCAGGAACUUGCCCGGGCUCGACGACUUGAGGGACGACCCGGUCGGAGCGCUCGGCAAGGGGUGGGAGUUCCUCGGCGCGGCGCUUGGGGCGGUCGGAAAGACGGUCAACGAGUCCGUCCUCCAACCGACCCUCGAACGCGCUCACGACCCAGCCCUCCAAUCCCACCUCUCGACACUCUCGACCAAAGCCCUCUCGCACCUCUCGACCGUGACCCGCGCCGGCGGCCAAGCCCUCUCGACCACGCUCGACUCGAGCUCGACCUUCCUCCGCACCCAGGCCGGCGUAGACGUCGGCGACCUCGGCGCCCGGUACGUCGACCGCGCGACGGGACGCGGCGCCGGGGAGGGCUACGGCAGCGUUGGGGAGGCGAGCGCUCCUGGCGGACACAGCGCGAGCGAGCCGGGCAGGGGCGACUUUUUCGGAGACUAUGGCGUCGGUGGGCCGAGUGGUGGGAGCCCUGAGCUUGGGCGGUCGCGGUUGGACGGCCCGGCGCAGGAUAAGGGAGGAGGGUUGCGCGAGGCGCCGACGGCGCCGGCGCCGGCGCCGCAGGUGACGGGCUCGUGGGCCGACCUCGCGCCUCAGGCGGCGGCGCGCAAGGCGGCUGCUGCCGCCAAGGCGCAGACUGGUCCGGCGGCGGCGACCAAGAAGAAGGACGAGGACGAGUGGGAGUCUUGGUAGCUCGUUCCCGCUCGGUCCCUUGCAACUCGUUCGCUCUCUCUUCUC